AUGGAAUUUGAAUAGACUUAGUUAAAAUAUGAUGAUAUUUGGAAUUCCAACCUUUUGUAUUCAAAAAGAUUAGGAAUUAUGCUUGGAUCUCAACCAAUCAGAUUUAUUCUUUCAUUUCUAAUAUUGAAUGUCUCAAACAUAACUUUGCUGAGUUUGAUAACUAAUUCAAUGCUAUUACUGUGGAUUUUAUUGAGUGUCAUCAUAUUGACAAAUAUCUCUUUGUUUCAAGUCCUAACUAGAAAUCCUGGAAUAAUACCCAAAAAUGUAUAUGAGUAGCAAAUAAUGAUAGAUAGUGGGAUUUGAAUUAAAAUAUGAAUUGCUCCAAGUACCUUAGAUAACCAAAUAUUCAUCAAUGCAACCAAAUAGUGAUUACAUGGUUUGGAAGGAUAACUUAAUUCAUCAAAUAAAAUAUUGUGCAUUUUGCCAUAUAUACAGACCGCCAAGGAGUUCUCAUUGUUACACAUGUGGAAAUUGCAUUCUGAAAUAUGAUCAUCACUGUCCUUGGAUAGGACAAUGCAUUGGACAAAAUAAUUAUAGGUAAAAAAGAAUAAUCAUUAUAGAUAAUACAUUCAAUUAUUAAUAUUUGGAAUGUUUGAUUAAUUAUGCAUAUUUUCUAUUUGCAGCAUAACACUAAAUGAUGAAAUGAUAAUCAAGAUAAUCCUCAUAAUAUAUACAAUACCUGUAAAUAUUCAGUGGUGAAAAUUAGUUGUUUUUUUUCAUCUUAAGUCUUCAAGGAUUGCAUUCAUAUUUAAUUAUUACAAGGUAAACAUCAAAAGAAUACUUCAAAUAGCUUUGGAAAACAAAAGCUGGCAAUCCAUUUAAUUAAUAAUUUUGGACUCGUCAUCCAGAAUAUGUUGAUUUCUCUACAACAUACUAUAGACAUAAAAACUUUGUUUCUCAACUCACCUAACUAGACUUAAGUAUUAAUAAUGACAAAAAACCUUAAACUUUAAAAUAGCCAAUCUAACCAUAUAAAGAGAUUGAAUUAUAAAUUAAAAAUUGA